AUGGCUUUUGUAUUUUAGGCAGAAAGAAAUAUGGUUAUUAAGCCUUCUGGUGCUCCUCCAAAUGUAAAAUGGAAUCAAUACAAUUAGGUUGGCCCUGGUAGCUACCUUUCUCAUGAUUAAUUAAAAAUAAAGUAGGGGAAUGCUCCAUUCGAUACACAAGUUACAAGAACUCAACCAAUUAGACAAGACAAUUCUCCUGGACCUGGAAGUUACAACAUCUAAAAUGAUGUGUAAGGGUACAAAUCCAUAUAAAUUUGGCCAUAGUUAAAAUAUUGUGUUGCAAUCAUCUCAAUCUGAUGUCAAAGUUGUUGAUAAACCUCAACCUCAAUCUGUCUUUGCAUCCCAAACCAAGAGAUUCCACCCUCCCAAAACUAUGAUUUCACCUGGGUAUUCAAUUAUUCUAAAUGAAAUUAAGUCCUGGGGCAUAUGAUACAACUAACUGUGGAACCAGAGUUAUUCAGUAGCAGUAUACAUCGUAACAUUACAUCGAAACAGUAAUGAAAUUGAAUAAAUAUCAAUCAAUUCCUUCUAUCCCUUCAUCAAAUUAGGUGUAUGGAUACACAGAAAAAGGAAGUAAUAUAAAUAAAUCUAAGAGAGUUUAGCCCAUGAUUUAGAGGUUAACAAAAUUCCAUUUCAAACAUUUUCUGGUCUUAAGUAAGACUCGGUUGGUCCAGGUCAAUAUGAUCUUAAGGAUGCAUUUGAAUAAAACAAAUAUAAAGGAAGUUUUUGGCAUAAAUCUAAGGCUCCAAGAUUAGCACCCACAAUCUCAAAAGAAAAGGAAUUGAUGGUGGGACCUGGAACCUAUGAUCCAAGUGCAAUUGUUGUACCAUUACACAAGUUAAACCCUUCUGGAAAUUUUCAAUCUAAAUCUCAAAGGAUGUUUGAUUCCACUAAAGAAGAAAAAUAAAAAUAGUUCAUGAAAAUAUUCUUCGAUAAACAAAAGGAUAGACUUUCAAAGAAUGCGGCAAAUUACUUAGAAGAUGACGAAUAUGUAUUUUGUGAUGUAUGCAAUAUUAUUUAUAAACAAAGGAUACAACCCCAGGUCCAGGAUAAUACUUAGGCAAUGUCUCAAAUUAAUCAGCAAUUUCGACCAAUACUUAAUCUACAACGAAAAUGGGAAAAAACUGUUUUGGAUCUAAAAGCAGGAGAUUUUAAGAAAAAAAAAUGCCAUGUUAUGUUGGUCCUGGAGAUUAUGAGUUGGAAACAGAUAUAAUAAAAGAAGGCGUAUCAUAAAAGUAACCACCUUUUCAAUCAACUAAUUUACGUUUCGAAGCUAAGGGUUAAGAGAAACGCCCAGGACCAUAAACUUAUAAUCCAAAAAUUACUGUACUUUUGAUCAAAAUAUAGUUAGUUGGAAGAUAAAUUGAUUAAGAAAAUAGAAAGAGCUCCAGUUGGUAAUUUUGGAUCGAAUUAAUAAAGAUUUAAAUAAUAAGAAAAUGAGAUGCCAGGUCCAGGAAGUUAUGAUUAAAAUGGCAAAAAGGUUAAAGGAAUUGCAUCUGUCUUUACUUCCAAAACUAAAAGGGCAGAUGCAGCCUCAGUUCCUAAAGAUAAUUAUCCAGCUCCAGGGGCCUAUGAUGUCAAAAAUUACACUAUUGAAUAAACAACAAAAAUUGAGAAAGAAGAGGAUCCAGAUCUAGCAAUCUUUAAACCAGCCUUUGGAUCAUCAUUACCUCGAUUCUAGCAUAAAGAAAAGAAGGCAAUUGAUUAACAAGAUGAUGAAUAAGAAGAUGAAUAAAUUAGAAUGCAUGAUAGUUCAUCCUUGUUUUAGAAAAAAAAGAAUCCUCACCCUCCUUUUAAUAUUAGAGUAAUAUCUCUCCAUCUAAUCUUAGGAAAAUAGAUUUAAUUAUGAUAAAAAGAAAGAAGAUUAUUUACCUGGUCCAGGGGAGUACUUUGAUCCAAAAGAAAAUGCUUGGAAUAAAUCUACUUUUAAUAUAUUAUUCUAAGAAAUAUGA